UUUGAACUUUGUUUUUGAAAAGGACUGUUUUAUUUGGGGAUAUUUUGAUUUUGUUUGGACGCAGCACUCCGAAAAGUCCGUUCAGCAUCACACAGCAACUCUCCAAACAUCCUGCAAUCAACCGACACCCGAAGAAACCAGGAACAUCCAGCAAAACCGGACCGUCACUCUGAAUUAAAGGGGCUGCGAGCAAGGCAGGAGGUCGGGUACACAGAGGCUGGAUGGAUGUGAGAACAUGCGGAGCUGCGGGGAGGAGCGCUCCCUCAAAAGCAAGCGGCACAGUCGGGUUAUGUAGCAGUCCAGCCUGAGCAGAGCAGCGACCGGAGCAGGCAGGGCGCAGCAUCAGAGAUUCAGGCAGCUGCAACUACAGGAAGAGGCGCUAGGAGGCCCGAGCAAGGCAGCUACAAGCCUCAUCCUAGAGGAGCGGUGCCUGUGGAUGGACAGUGCAGGCACCCAUGGCGUCGCAGGAGCUUGUGGAUGCGAGAGACUCUGCCAAUGAUAAACCAGGAAUGGAGGGUGGGGCUGCGCCCAGCAAUGGUAAAAUCUGUCCUGUCCACAAACCUGGUGGAGAGGAUACAAAGAGAGGCUUUCGGAAAGGUAUAGGAAGGCACAAUGACUAUGUCAAGAUUUCUGUGCCAGAGUCCAAGGUCAAUCGUCUGCCCAUGGAGUGGUGGAAGACCAUAAUGGCCUUCUUUUAUGCUGGUUUUAACUUGGUCCUGACAACAGUAGUCAUCACUAUCGUGCACGAGAGGGUCCCACCCAAAGAAAGCAGCCCACCUCUUCCUGAUAAGUUUUUUGACUAUAUUGACAGGGUCAAAUGGGCUUUUACAGUGACAGAGAUCAACGGCAUGGUGCUGCUGGCCAUUUGGAUAAUCCAGUUAUUCUUUUUCAGAUACAGGUCAAUAGCCUGCAGGCGGUAUUUCUUCCUCAUUGGCACCCUGUACUUGUACCGCUGUGUCACUAUGUACAUCACCACCCUGCCUGUGCCCGGCAUGCACAUGACUUGUGCUCCUAAGCUCCACGGAGACUCCCAGGCAAAAAUCCAGCGAAUUCUGCGGCUGAUUUCGGGCGGAGGUCUGUCCAUUACAAACUCCCACCUCUUAUGUGGAGACUUCCUCUACAGCGGACACACUGUGAUGCUCACUCUCACUUACCUAUUCAUCAAGGAGUACUCGCCUCGGUCGUUUUGGUGGUACCACCUCAUGUGCUGGCUGCUGAGUGCCGUGGGUGUGGUGUGCAUCUUGGUGGCACAUGAGCAUUACAGUGUGGAUGUGGUUGUGGCCUAUUUCAUCACCUCCCGCCUGUUCUGGUGGUACCACACCAUGGCCAAUUUACAGACUCUGAAAUGCUCGCCCAACAACUACCUCACCAACACCUGGUGGAACCCACUCUUCAACUUCAUGGAGAGAAACGUCCAGACCUCCAUCCCGUGCUCCUACAGCUGGCCCUUCAGCUGGCCUCCUGCCUGCCUUAAGAAUCCCUGCAAGAAAUACUCCAUGGUGCAGAGCUCACGAGAGGAGUGACACGACCUUCAUGCCCCUGUCUCCUGCACAGGAACAUAAUGAUACCAAAUGCAUCGCUGUUAAAGAAAUGCUUCUCCAAAUAUGACGAAUAAUCAUCUUGUCUCUGAGUGUUCUUUGUAGGUGUAAUUUAUUUAUGAGAUUAAGUCCAGCAAAAUCAUCAAUGUUUUUGUAACUCAGCUCCUCAUGAUAUUCAUAAAUGAACAGAGCAUUUGUUGCAACAGAGGUUUGUUGCACUAUUUACAAAACUUGAUUAUAGAUAUGCUACCGUAACUCUUUCAUACUGUUUGUGUUGAUGGGGUUUAUUUACCUCAGUAUGAUAUUAAUGUGCUCAAGUCACAAGGUGCCUUAGUGUGUUUAAUGUCAGUAGGUGUACCAAAACUGCCAUUACAAGUCCUUGCAUAUCUGUUGUGUUUUUUAUGAUCCUUUUAUUAUUAUUAUUAUUAUUAUUAUUAUUAUUAUUGAUUUUGUAUUCAUUUUAGUAGCCUUGAGUGUAUAUCCAGCUGUAGUCUCAACAUUGUACUAUUGUAUUAAAG